CUCAGCUCCAUGCGACUCUUGAUGCCUUGGGCUGUGAGGUCAUCUGUUGAGGCAAGGGUGGUUCUGUUGCUGUGGUCGUGUUUGACGGAUGUGCUGCAAAAUUCAUCAGGGGUUCCAUGAAGAUGGUUGUUCCUGGGAGCACCACCGUAAUUCAGCCAGACCACAGUCUUGGAACUGAACUGAGCCGAAGCUCAGCAGAGAACUCGGUGAUGGGUCCUGAUACAGAACCAGUGGGUGAUCAGGUGGGCUCUGAGCUGGAAGAAGUGAGGAAAUUGCAAGAACUUGUGAGGAGACUUGAGCUUCAGAAUCAGCAGUUGAGAACUAGAAGCCUCCGAAGUGUGCCAGAGGCAAAAAUGCUGAGCCAGGCUGAUGCUGGAGUGGAUAAUUGCAAUUCCAGGCUCAAUGGCAUGGAAAUGAAUAAUAGCAUCAACGUCCUGAUGGAUAAGCAGGAAUUGCAAAUCGUGGCAGACCUGCAUUCUGCACUGAGUAAAAUAAGGUCAGAAGCAGAGGAAAGUGGUGAGUUCUUGAAGAAGGAUGUGGAGACCACAAUACAACACAGCUGUGGCAAUAGUUCCGACAAAGAGCCUUCCAGUGCAAAGUUUGUGAGUUGUACUCAGACACAGAAUAGCGGUGCUAACACAAAUGAUUUCUCUCAUUGGGAUUGCAGCCACAGAGUGCUGCUAGAAGGUUUCACGACAGGUGUUGAGCCGGCAUUGAGAAUGAAGGAAGCAAAUACAAAUGCAGAAGAUCUCUUGAAUGAGACAACUCUGGAUGAAGUAGAAUUACUAGAGUUAGAGAAUGGCAGCGAUGAAGAGGACAGCUGGCUGUAUGUUUCUCCAAGAAAACCACCAACAGAUGGAAAGGAAUCUCCCCUGAAAUGGUGUAGGCAAGUAUUGGAUCACCCCAGUCCUGAGACAGAGGCAGCUUGCCGUACCCUCAUCAGCAGACUUGACCAAGCCAGUAGGUGGAAAUCCCUGUAUUGCAGUCCAUUGGCGUCUCCAAGUGUGCAUAACUUGAAUACAGACACAGGGUCCUGUAGCAAUGCACUAAACUCUCCUGGGCACUACAAAUCAACUAACAAACCACUACUAACUUGUGGUAGCUCAGGUUACUUGAGCAUGCAUUCAGCUUUGAGCUCGCAGUCUUCUGUCGAUAGUGAACUUAGUACCUCAGACGACUCCAUUUCAAUGGGCUACAAACUGCAAGACUUGACUGACGUACAGGUUAUGGCCCGCCUACAGGAAGAAAGUCUUCGUCAGGAUUGCGCCUCCAGCUCAGCCUCUGUUUCCCGCCGCAGUUCCAGCGCCUCCUUGCAUUCCUUGCGCAGAGGCACCUACAGUGACCAGGAUUUUGACACGUACAGUUUGGAAGAUGAGGAUGACGACUGCUCCUUCUCCUACCACAGCAGUCACAGAUACUCUCCAUCCCCGCUCAGUUCCCCUCGAUGCCAGUCUCCGUCCACCAACACAGAUUAUGGGAGGGCAACAAAUACCCGGAUCCGCCCCCCCCGGAGGACAGUGCAGAGUCCUAUGCAAGAUAGACUAAAGUAUUCUGGGAAUGAAGAGGAACUGCGCCAUAGUAUGCCUAAUCUGGCUAGGACAGGCCUGCGAUCUUUGGAGUCUGUAAGAAAUAGUCGUAGCUUGGAGUCAGAUUUACAGAUUCCCAGUAGUCGACUCUCUAGAAUCCAUCAGGAAUCAGUUAACCUGGCUCCAAGCAAACUCCGUUAUUCCUCGGGUGCUGGGCAGUCCCCCUUGACCGUUCGUCAGCCCAUGAAAGCAGGCGCCUGUGCUAACUCUCUCCUAGCACCACGGCAGCCAGUCAGGGCUGCUGGGUAUGCGAGUCCCACUGGCAGAGUCCGAAAGCUGCAGUCUUCCACGCUGAAUCCAGGGGCUUCAAGCAGUGGCAGUUCAGUGUACAGAAGCAAUAGUAUGGCCACCGGAGCAAAAAGCGCUCUUCCUAAAAAUAAAGCAUCGGCCACAGGAGCAUCCACUCUGAAGAGCAAGCUGACCCAGCCAGCCAAGAGAUUUCCAAAGGCUAAUGUGUCUGUUGAUGACUCCUGGAAAGACGGGUGCUACUGAACCAAACCAAAAAGGCUGAUCAUGAACAAUGAAAUGUUUGUUGGGUAUGUUACUGGACAGCAGCCCAGCUGGCUGGGCAAGAGGACACUCUUAAGCCUCCGUUUCUCUCCGUUGCCACCAUGCUUGACAAACCAGAGUAACAUUUUUCUGAAUUUGGACCUUUUGCCCUUGCUUUGUCUUGACAAUGGACGUCGACUGCUUUUUUUGUUCCUGCUCUUACAGUCUUACUGCUGAGCCUUGAUUGUUCUUGUACCUGAAGGUACAGAUGGCUGCCUGAGACACAUGUUUGAAGAUGUGUUCAUGGUACACACAAUGAGGGGAGAAGAGUGUGGGAUGGAGCUCCUGUGGCAGUGAGACAUUUUUGAGUCCGUGAGGUUUUUUUUCCCUUUGCAAAAGGCAGCAAGAGAAGGUAAACGUAAUUAGAAAUGACUGUUUCUUAGGUCACUUGGAGUAACUUUUCUAGGAAAUUCAGAGGAUUUUUUUACUUGUCCCAAAUAGGUAUCUUCACUACUUUUAUUAUAAAAGUUGAAGCAGGUUUUUUUUAUAAUAGCUAGUGCAUCAUCUGUCACAGGAGAAUGUCUUAAGCUGAUAUCCCCUCAUCUCCAAGACCGUUAUGUGCUGUUGCCUGCAGGCUGAUGUGUACCCCUUCGAUGAAGUCUUAUUUGCCCAUUUGCUCUCUUCCUUAUCUUUUAGCUAGGCAAGACUUAGCAUGGGUAGUAGCAGCACCUUUGCCAGCUAAAAAUGCACUUGAAGUGUUUCUUUCCCUAAUCAUCUUCACUUAAUCCUUAAUACUAAGAUUUCCCUUUCUGCUUUUGUACAAGUCUUUUCUACUGUCCACUUUUUUGGUUGGUUUUUGGAUGAAGGAACUUUUUUAAAAUCAAAUCAGUGGCUACUGAAGCUUGCCAAAUGCAAGAAUACAAUCAUACCUGGAAAUGCAAACUGGCUUGCCAGCCAGCCCUACUUUUUGCCACCAAGGUGACUUGAUAUUGUAGUUAAAUAAAUGUGAAGGGGCUAGUGCUACCUUGUCUUUAGUAGCAAAA